AUUUAUGAAGCAAUAAUCUAUAAGGGUACAUUUGUAAGCCACCAUGGCGACCAAGCGGCCUGCCGAGGAUCAGGCCGCAGGUUCUGGUGGUCCUCCAGCCAAAAAAUCCAUGACAAGGUUUGAUCCUGUCAGUAUUGGAAGAGUUUAUAAUCUGGAGGAGCUUGACAUGAAAGUACUUAAGUUCCAGAAUAAGAAAUUAGUGGAAAGGAUUGAGCUUCGUCGACGUGCAGAAGAUGAGCUGAGGAAAAGGAUUGAUCAGCUUGAAAACCGUCAGCGCACUGAUGAUGCUGUACUUAUGAUAGUCAAUAGAUACUGGAAUCUGCUUGAUGAAGAUGCUCGUGUCUUAUUGCAGAGGUUUGAUGCAGAGACAGCUGAUGAAACGGAGACUAAAAAUGAAAGUGAUGCUACAACAGCAUUCCUUACCCUGCUAUCUACGUGGGAUAAACAGGAACUAGAGCAAAGGCUCGGCCAGCGAGUAGAGUUCUCGAAACGUGCCAUUGGCAAGCUGCUGCAAGCCUUUGAUAGACUUCUUCAGAGAAAUGAGAAACUCAACAAGGCAAUCCAGGACAAGGUGGAAACCGAGGCCAAGGCUCAUGAAAUGGCUGCAGUUGCAAAGGAGAUCACAGAAGUCAAAAUUGAACCUGAGGUCAUCGAUAUAAAGAAAGAGGUGACCGAACCUGUCAAAGUGGAAGGGUCAGAGGUUAAGACAGAAGCUGAGCAAGGGGCUGGUGAUGUACUUCCAGCAGCUAGUGUAACAGAAGAGGGGGAGACUGAGGAAAUCAAACCAGAGACGACUGAAGUAAAGGAGGAAACCGAUGUGGAGGUGAAGGAAGAGGCUGUAGAAGAAAUGAAGGAGGAGGUGCCUGAGGAAGAGGAUGUUCUCUCUCUCCGUGAUGUAGUACAGAAUGAACUGGUGGUCUUACAACAGGAAAACAAACAGAUACACAACAUGGUCACGCACCUCCACGCCCGUCACCAUGAACACACACUCAAGGUGUCGGAGCUACAGGACAAGCUGACAGCAGCAGAAACAGAAAUAGCUGAAUUGAAAAAUAAAAUGGAUGACCUGGAGUACAACUUUGAAAAGGCUGACUCACGGGCUGAGAAGCUGGAUAGACACUUGGCAGAUGCUUGCCAGAAACUGCAGAGCUAUCAGGAUACCACCACAAUUAUACCUGUGGAGGGUGGCAAAAGUAUCACUGGAGUUUCCAAAAAUAAGUUUGAUGAGAUUAUACAAGACUUGGAGGAACAAAGAGAGCUUGCUACAAACAGGAUGACAGAGCUUGAGAAACUCAGCAAAGAGCAUCAGGAGGCUUUAACAGAAAUAGAAAAAUUGAAAAUGGAUCUCCAACACCUUCCUGAGAGUGUGAUCGUGGAAACAACAGAAUAUAAGUGUUUGCAGUCACAGUACUCGGUUCUCUACAAUGACAACAUGCAGUUCCGUACUCAGAUAGAAGAGUCGAGUAGUCGAUUACAGAACAGUAAAAACACCCACCUGCGACACUUGGAACAGAUGGAGAGUGAUGAGCUUGGUGGGCAGAAGAAGCUUAGGGGAGAAUGUAUACAGCUAGAGGAUGCUCUGGCACAGGUCAGGAAGGAGUAUGAGAUGUUAAGGAUUGAGUUUGAACAAACCCUAGCACAGAAUGAACAGACAGGUCCGAUUAACCAUGAGAUGAGAAAUUUGAUCCAAAGUUUACAGAAACACAAUCAGCAGCUCAAAUCUGAAUCCGGCAGGUACCGACGAAGGGCAAAAGAGGCACAAGCAGAAAGUGCCAAGUUCAAAGCAGAACUUGCAGCCAAUGAACAAAAGCCAAGUAAUAAUGGGACAGGUGAAAAUUCAGGGGCUGCAAGUGCUCACAGUAAUUCUGGAUCUCAGGGAUCAGAAACAGUCCCAGCAAAGGAUCAGGUUCCUUCACCCCCGACUCCAACCUCCAGCAGUAAAUCAGAACCACUUGAACCUCCAGCUUGUUUACUAGCUAAAGAGGAGGAUAAGGAUGACCUUGAGUACAGAGAAAAAGGCAAAACUGAUCUUGAGGUCAUCAAAGAUUUAAGGUCACAGCUGAAACAGGCUCAGGCUAGUCAGAAGGAACUUAAACUAUUACUGGACAUGUACAAAUCGGCUCCGAAAGAACAGCGCGACAAAGUGCAACUGAUGGCCAGUGAAAAGAAAGCAAGACAAGAAAUAGAAGAACUCAAAACCCAUAUUAAGAAAAUGCAGGAAACAGAACGCAAAGAAAGACGAAAGCUUGCCGAGGAAGAUGCCAUUAGAAAGAUAAAGAAGAUGGAAGAAACAAUAACAGAACUACAGAAGAAUUUGACAAGUCAGAAACAGAAGGAGGAAGCUUUACUAGAUGAGAUGGAGGUAACUGGGCAGGCAUUUGAAGACAUGCAGGAACAGAACACACGUCUACUUCAGCAACUCAAGGAGAAGGAUGAUGCCAACUUCAAACUGAUGUCAGAGAGAAUCAAGUCAAAUCAGAUCCAGAAGUUAUUGCGGGAGGAGAAAGAGGUGUUGGCAGACCAAGUGAAUACAAUCCACUCCCAGGUAGAGGCUCAGAACAUUGUAGUGCGAAAACUGGAAGAGAAGGAGCAGAUACUGCAGAACACUCUCUCUACUAUAGAGAAGGAGCUAGGUCUGACACAGCAAGCUAUGGAGAUGCACAAGCGAAAAGCAGUAGAGAGUUCACAGACAGCUGCAGACCUCAAGCUCCACUUGGACAAGUACCAGGCCCAGCUAAAGGAGGCUACAGUCCUGGUGGCAGAGAAAACAGGUGCUUUGGAGCAAGAGGCUUACAAACACAAGAGGAUGCAGGAAGAAAUAGCUAAGCUGCAAAGGAAGCUGGAACGAACAAAGAAGAUAGAGAUGGCUGGUGCUGCUGAUGAAGUCCUCAUGGCUGAGAUUGCGGAGUAUAAGGAACAACUAACAUGUCCCUCAUGCAAGGUGAACCGGAAGGAUGCUGUGUUGACGAAGUGCUUCCAUGUUUUCUGCCUAGAGUGUCUAAAGACUCGGUAUGAGACACGCCAGCGAAAGUGUCCAAAGUGUAAUGCAGGGUUCGGUGCAAAUGAUUAUCACAGACUUUACCUUGCAUAGCAACAGCCAAGCAAAGUAUUAGCAUCUCUUAUCCAGUGUAGCAUGUAUUGGGGCCACAGUGAGGAGAAUCUCUAUUGGGGCCAUAGUGAGAAGGGUCUUUGUUAGGGCACCCACAGUAAAGAAGGAAUCUUUGUUGAGCCCAUAGUGAGAAGUCAGAGAGAAUCUCUAUUGCGGCCAAAGUGAGGAGGAUCUCAGUUGGGGAUCUCUACAGCGAGGAAUAUCUCUAUGGGGCAUGGUGAGGAAGAUCUCUGUUGAAGCCUCAGAUGAGGGUCUCUGUUUGGGGCCUCAGUAAGGAUCUUUAUGGAGUCAAAGUGAGGAAGAUCUCUGUUGAGACCAGACACAGGGAAAAAGAUCUCUAUGGGGCACAGCAAUAAGGAUCAUUAUUUGGGUAACUAGAGUAGGAUCUCAGAUGGGGUCUCAGUGAGAAUCUCUUUUGGAGUCACAAUGAGGAGGGUCUCUAUUGGGGCCACUGUGAGGAAGAUAUAUGCACCUAUAGUUUAUUAUAUUCAUUGAUGGCAGUGGUCCAGAUUAUUGGGCAUCCAUUCUUUGUAUAAUUCGGAUUAAGAUUGGCUCCUUAGCAUGUGUAUAGGACUUUCAUAUGUGUGACAGAGUCAUGCUGACUCAGGGAGAUGAUACAUGGAUACUGUGAAUGCACGUUUAUAUUUCAAACUAUUCAGGUAAUUUAUUUUGGCUACAUUGUAAGGUGGUAAUAAGGUCAAAGAACAAGUCCAUCUUACAAACAUUUUUGCAUUUGACUUUGAUUGCAUGGGUUUUGAUUGAGAGAAGAAAUGGAUUUGAAAAGGAACAGUUUACUUGUAAAUUAUUGCAAAGCUUUGUACGACUGACCAAAUACUGGAGAAAGAACCUAAGAGUAAUGAUGACAGUCCCAUACAUUCAGAAAAAAUGUAACCUGUUGACAGGGAAGUUGAAACUUUUGUUUAAGCACAGUGAUUCAAGACUGCAUUAUAAUCAGUUUCAGGUCACACUACCAUAUUCUGUUUAAAUUGGAAUCUCAACAAUGUUUAAGGACCAAAAUUCAUGGUAUUGAUAUUCAUGAUGCAGAUUUAGAUAUACAUUUAAACUACACAAACGGUAUACUACCUGGUGAUAAAACAGUCAUGUUUUGUUUUGCCGAAUUAAAGUAUGAAGAAAGCAUUUUUUUAGUUAUCAGCCACAAACAUUUGUCAGAAACAAGACUUAAAUUUUCAGGUCACCUGAGACAAAGUUUAAGGGUGACCUAUUGCGACCCCUUUUUGUCAAGCAUUGUGGGUUGUGCGUCAUAAACUUUAACAUUUUUUACUUCUUCUGGAAAACUUGUGAACAGAACAAAAACCUCCCAUGGCAAAAUUGUAAAUUAUAUGGUCCCUAACCCCCAGGGGCCUGAGGGAUGGGCCAAAAAUGGGUCAAACUGACUGAAAUUUGAAAAAUGUUUUACUGUUCAUGGAUGGAAGAGUUUACGGGUAUGUAAGGAAAAUUCAAAUUUGGAGUAUAAUUUCCUUUCAUUCAAACUUGGUUAGAAGCCUUAGCAUGGGACAGCAGUUAAAGUGAUGCACAAUUUACAUUUGCAUUAUGUGUACAAUGUAGUUAAUCUUACUUUUUUUAACAAAAUCAUUUCUUUGACAUGUUACAAGAAGCAUUGUAACUCGGGUGACCAUAAGGGCCCUAGGGCCUCAUGUGAUGUUAUGCCAUGAUUUACUACAUAUUCUUUAAAUCAAGAAAUUAUGGACAAGGGUUGCUUUAUGAUGACUUUUUUCAAGUCUCUAUAAAGUUGUCAAGCAGAGGUACCUGUAAGUUGAUCUCUUGAUUGAAAAUUAGCCUAUUUCAGAAAUAUGAAAUUUAUCGUUUAUAAUUUUUGAAGCAUGUGUUUUUUUUGUCAUUUGAAGAAUUAUUUUCCCUGUUAUGAGUGCUAGCUUUGUUGAAUCUCCUUUCUAACCUGAUCAAAUAUAACUCCACCUGUGCACAAUAAUUUAGUGGCUUAUAGUACCAGGCUUGUGGUGCACAUAAUUUCAAAGCUCUUGCUGUAAAGUUUCCUCAUGCAUUUUCCUAUCGAGAGACACUACAUUUUGAAAUGUGGACAAACAUAACUAAAUACAUUAAGAAGCUUUCUUUCUUUUGGCAGUCAGAGACAACAGAUCCAUAGAAAAAACAGAAGCUAUGGGAGAAAAUUGUACUGUUGGUCCACUUAAACCUAGCUUGAGUCACAUUUUUAAAUUAAGUCCUGGUGUCGCAUGAAAAUGUUGUCAGGUGUAUGAUCCGGUUGACACAAGAAAAUGUUGUCAGGUGAAUGGUCCUGUUGACACAAGAAAAUGUUGUCAGGUGUAUGGUCCUGUUGACACCUGUAAGUGUUGUCAGAUUAUGGUAGUUAACACAUGAAAGCAUCUUCAGCUAUAUGUACAUAUGGUCCCUUAUCAUUUAAACUUCCAGAUUAUCUCUAAAUUGAAGGAACACUGAAUUUUUAACCCUGAUUGAGAACAGGCAUUUAGUACCAGUAUUUUCAAAAGUAUUUAUGAAAUGGUAAAUAUAUAUUUUUCUUGUGGUUGAAGUUUAGAAUAUUUGCAAUCUUUUGAGUGAAAAUCUUUAAAAUUUGGCAAGUACCAGGUGGACUUAAAUGAAUAUUGAUGUGUCAAAUGUUAUGUAGUUUGUAUGAUUAUAAACUUUGAAGAGAGCUUGUGUUUGGAUCUGUGACUGGUAGACUUGGUGUUGUUGCAAGGCUGAAUUUCAUAUCAUCUCUUGUAAACUUUCAUGAAAGCUUGUGUUUGGAUAUUUGACUGACAAGACUAAGUAUUCCUGCAUGGCUGAAUUUCAUAUCAUCGUAUUUAUCAUGUUUCAUAUUUAAGUUUAAAUUCAUAAUGAAUACAAGUUGAUUUAUCAUUGUAUGUUGUGCUAUUAUGUUUAUGGCUGACCAGAGUAAGUGUCCAAAAUAUGAUUACCAGUAAAAUGGUAUGUGUGUGUGAGAGUGUUUGUGUAUCAUUAUUUAGUUUGUCAUUAAUAUUUGAUGAAUAAAAUCUAACAAUAAAAUUUAUGUAUCAUGAAAUUUGA